CGGGGCACUGCGGCGGAUGUUGAUAUUCUGUUUUGGAGACAACCACCAGAGUUAGCUAGCGAGCUUUCGUCGUUGCCGGAGUUUUUUUGUUAGUUGUUGUUUGGUUGUUGUCUGACUUUUUUUUAAUCGUUUUUCAACCGGGGGAAGGAACCCACUCCCCAAACGACGGCACCGUGUCUCUCCCGGCGCCUCACCGGGGAAACGCGAGGCCGAGUCGUGCGAUGAUGGAGGACUUCGACGAGAUCUACGAGGAGGAGGAGGAAGAGGAGGACGAGGAGAGGGCCGCGGAGGAACAGCUGUUGAAGUACGCUCCAGACCCGGUGGUCGUCCGAGGAUCUGGCCACGUCACUGUGUUUGGACUCAGUAACAAGUUUGAGUCAGAGUUCCCAUCGGCACUUACAGGGAAGGUGGCGCCAGAGGAGUUCAAGGCCAGUAUAAACCGUGUUAACGGCUGUCUGAAGAAGACGCUGCCAGUGAAUGUGCGUUGGCUGCUGUGUGGCUGUCUCUGUUGCUGCUGUACACUGGGCUUCAGUCUCUGGCCCGUCAUCUGUCUGAGCAAAAGGACACAGAGAUCCAUGGAGAAGCUGUUGGAUUGGGAGAACAGCAGACUGUACCACAAGCUGUGUUUGCAUUGGAGGCUGAGCAAGAGGAAGUGUGAAACCAACAACAUGAUGGAAUAUGUUAUCCUGAUAGAGUUCCUACCCAAGAUCCCCAUUUUCAGACCUGACUAGCUCUCCGCGGGCCCAUCAACAUCCUCCCGUGGUGCCUCUCUUCACUCGGCCCAGUCACCUCUCCAAAAUGGCCUCCUCUUUCCUCCCCUAACCAGGCCCAUACCCCUAAAACAACACCUAAAACAACACCACCAUUUAGUGUUUACUGGACAUUAUCUAACUUCUCUAUCUAGCCCCACUAUAUACCCAGAAAACACCUGUUUACACCCUAAAGCCCCUCCCCUUCUCUGAUGUCAACCUUCGACCCCUGAUCUGUUGGAGGAGACGUGGCCUUUUGACCCCCCGGGGUGGCCAUGUUGACUGUCAUCGGUCUGUGGGUCAUCAUGGGAGACCCAGCUCAGAAAGGGUGUAAACGGUACCAUAGAACUGUGGAACUGGAGAAAGUGGACUCCUAAUUUUGGACCUGCAACGAUGGACCUCCUCUUCACAGCCCUUCCCUGUACACGAGGCACAAUCUUUACUCAGAUUUAUACCCCCGUUAUAUUGUACCCCAACCUGAACUAUGAGACACUCUGUGCCGUUGGAACAGUUGAUAUUAUACUCUGUUCUAGAACCUCUAUGGAACCGCUGAGGUGACAAUCAAUGGAUUAGCUACGGAACUUCUACAGAACUUCAAUGGAUUAGCUACGGAACUUCUACAGAACUUCAAUGGAACUAAUAUCGAACAUUGACAGAACUUCAAUGGAUUAGCAAACGGAACAGCUAUGGAACUAACAGAACGUCAUUAGAACAGCUAUGGAACUGACAGAACAUCAUUAGAACGGCUAUGGAACUAACAGAACAUCAUUAGAACGGCUAUGGAACUCCCAACGGAACGUCAUUGGGCUCCCGAGUGGCGCAGCGUUCUAACACACUGCAUCUCAGUGCAAGAGGCGUCACCGCAGUACCUGGUUCGAAUUCGGGCUGUAUCACAUCCGGCCGUGAUUGGGAGUCCCAUAGGGCGGCGCACAAUUGGCCCAGCGUCGUCCGGGUUUGGCCGGGGUAGGCCGUCAUUGUAAAUAAUAAUUUGUUCUUUAAAUGACUUGCCUAGUUAAAUAAAGGUGAAAUACAAAUGGA